AUUUUCUGCAUUGUUAAACACAAACAAGUUUGAUUGAGAGAGAGAGAGAGAGAGAGAGAGAGAGAGAGAUCUAAGUAGAUGAAAGAUGUUGUUUCAAGUAGGAGGACAAGGGACUCGUCCUACUUUUUUUGAGAUGGCUGCAGCUCAACAACUCCCUGCUAGUCUUAGAGCUGCUCUUACGUAUUCCCUUGGCGUUUUGGCUGUAAGAAGACCAUUUCUUCAUAAGGUGUUGGAUUACGAUGAUGAGUUCUUUGCUUUGCUUAUGAUGAUUCUUGAAACUCACAGUUUACGAACUACAGAUGCUUCUUUUUCAGAGUCAUUGUAUGGGUUGAGAAGGAGAGAAUCUAAUAUAGAAAUGAUUAAAGACAAGCCACGUUUGGAGUCAGGUGACGGGUUUCGUCAUUCUGGAUUGAAAAAACAUCAGAGAGUUCUUUCAGUUGCAUUUCUGGUCGUUUUGCCUUAUUUCAAAUCAAAGUUGCAUUCCAUAUACAAUAGAGAAAGGGAAGCCACACUUCAAGCUAGUUUAUGGGGACCUGGUGAAACAAGAUUUGAUGAUGUUGACUAUCUAGAUGAUGGUGAAACAUCUAAUGUUUCCUCACAGCGGUCCACUAUCAGAAAAAAGAUUGAGGCUAUUGUUGGGGCUUGCUACCCAUGGCUACACGCUGGAACCGAAGGUUUGUCAUUUGCUUAUCAACUUUUGUAUCUGUUGGAUGCUACUGGUUUCUAUUCUCCUGGAUUGCAUGUGCUUGGAGUUCAUGUCUGUCGUGCAACAGGGCAGGAGCUGAUGGACACUUCAGCUAGAAUAUCAAAGAUAAGAAGUAAUGAACGCGGAAGGCUUCGUGGUCCUCCCUGGCUUAAGGCAGUGCAAAGAGUGGUACUAAGCUGUAUGUACACGUCACUGGACUAUGCACAAAAUGGUCUUAUUGCAGCGGUGUUCUUUUUCAAGAUGAUGGAGUGGUGGUACCAGUCUGCUGAAGAAAGAAUGUCAGCUCCAACUGUCUACCCCCCACCUCCUUCCCCUCCACCGCCAAAGGUUGCAGAAGAGGGGAUUCCACUGCCACAAGAUAGAACGAUCUGCCCUUUGUGCACACAAAAGCGUGCAAAUCCAACAGUGGUUGCAGUUUCAGGGUUUGUCUUUUGUUAUCCCUGCAUAUUCAGAUACGUGUCACAGUAUAAGCGGUGUCCAAUCACACUGUUACCUACAUCUGUUGAACAAAUCAGGAGACUGUUUCACGACAUGUGAGGAGCCCAUUUAAGUCAAUUAGCGAGGUUAUAUUCGUAGGAAUGUUUUUUAAGAACUGAAAGAUACAAAUGGCUUGGGAGAACCAGGACAACAAAUGGGGCACUGGGAACUGAGUGCCCUAUAUCAAUCAAAUAAGUAUGUUGUAAUUUUUAUUUUUGCAAAUAAUGCCUCUUACCCUUUGUAAUGUAACAGUGGAUGUACAUUAAUAAGUAGUUCGUUAGUCAACAGUUUCUCAUAGAUCAGUGAUGAUUUCAGCAAGGUCCUCUUUGGGUAAUUUGUUUUUUAUUCUAUAAAUACUUGCUACA